CACAAAUGCGUUGCAGCUGCUCACCGAAAUUCAAUGUUUUGAUUUUGCAAAAUGCCGGGAAAAAGGGCACGAAGGAAGUUCACCAAGAAGCAGCAGAGGAAGCGGCGUCGUCAAAAACGUGCCAAGGAACGUGACAAACUGGAGGAAGAAGCGGAAAAGCAGAGACUUUUGCAGCCGGAGUACCAGAAAUGGCUGCAAUCACAGAAGGAAAUGCAGGAGUUCCAGCGGCUGGCCGACGAACGGGAGCAGCAGCUGGCGGAGGAGUGCUGGCUGCGACGCGAAGCCACAGCGCAGCAGCAGUUCCGCAUGGACGAGGCCAGGAAGCGCCAAGAGCAGGAGGAAGUGGAGCGUUUGCAGCGGGAGCAGGCGAAGGAGCGGGCGGAACGGGAGGAGAUCCAGAGAAGGCAGCGCGAGGAGGAGACACGAAAAGCGGCCAAGGCUGCCGCCGAGUUCGAUGCCAUGAUGGAGAGCAUGGAGGUGUACCUGAACAACCCGCAUGUGGAGCAGCCUCCCAGUCACCUGCUGCGUGUGAUGGAAACGCAUCCGGAGGAACGUGCCUGCGAGUUCUUCAGUCGCACAAACUGUUGCCGCUACGGUCACGCCUGCACCUUCAACCACCGUCGUCCCAUGCUCGCCAGGAUUCUGCUCAUCCGGCACUUCUUCAAACAUUCCAUGCUGCAAGAGCGGCGGCCGCACAAGGAGUACGCCGCGGCGGAGGAGCACUUGGAACUGACCGAGCAGGAUCUGCGCCACGACUACGAUGAGUUCUUCAGCGAUGCCGUCGAGGAACUGGAGAAGUUCGGCACCAUAGUCAACUUCCGCACGGUGCGCAAUACGCUGGAGCACCUCAGGGGUCACGUCUUCGUGGAGUACACAAGCGAACGUUCCGCUCUUCGCGCCUUUACCAAUCUGCAAGGUCGCUACUACGCCUCCAAGCGACUGAACGUGGAGUUCUCCAAUCUGAAGACCUGGCGCGGCGCAGUCUGCGGUUUGUCCUUAACACGUAAAUGUCCCAAAGGUAACGGCUGCGGAUAUCUGCACCUGUUUGGCAAUCCAAACAACCAGUUCAACACGGAACUGGAGUACACCACCGGUCCACGCAGUGAGCGACGCUCCAGCCAAACUCCAAGGGCCAAAACUCCCAGUUGGGAUGAGCACAAGGAGCAGGGCAGGAACUGGCGCUGGUCAGAAAGCCCUGAGGUGGAGCUGGAAAACUCCAAGGACUUGGGCAACAGAGGUCAGGAUCUCAAACACACCCAUCAGCGGGCUCAUCAUUCCAGGUCAAGAAGCGACAGGAGUUCAGUGCGCUCUAAAAGAGAACACAGCUCCGCGGGAUCUUCACAUGACGAUCGCAGAUCAAAUAGAUACCAGCAGCACAGGAGCAACUCCACAACACCAAAUCACCAGCAGCACAGGAGCAACUCCACAACACCAAAUCAUCAUCACAGCCAUCGCGAAUAAAAACGAAAGUAUUAAUUCAA